AUGGCCGAUGACUGCGUUAUCUGCGGAGGUGGCUUCGCCUACCACAAUCCUGAUAGCAACCCGAGUUGGGCCGCCGUGCUUCGUAUAGCUCGUUGUCGUCCAGGGGACUCGAAGGUUACUAUCACAGGACGUGGUUACAAAGAUGAAUACGGCUUCUUCGUGCCCACGGAUCCAGAUUGUUCAGUUCCCAACGAGUCUUCUGAGGCUGAGCUAGAACGACAUCGUCGCGUCUCUGUAACGCGAGAACUCUCUGAAACUCAAAUUCUCGUGUUCCACGAGUUCUGUUGGUCUAUGCUUCUGGAUCAUAUGUCUCUGUCUGUGACUAUUGGAUACGAGAAAAACAGCAUCGCCCAAGCUCUCUAUGAUCUUAUGCUUGAUCUCCCACGGGGCGAACCUUGGGGCGCCUAUUUUGGUGACUUUUGUUUUGGGAAGCAGCCAACUGAAGACGAUUACUUGAAAGCGGAUCCCAAUAAAGAGUUUACGUUUACGAUACAUGGUAGGAGUACCCUUCCUUACCCGACCGACCAAAUUCCGGUGUCUACUCAAUCCCGACCGGAUCGUUUCUCACAGUUACCCAUCGAGAUCACCUAUCAUAUGGUUUCAUUCUUGGAUUUGCCAUCGCUUUGCAAUUUCCGACUAUCAUCAAAGUUCAUCGCCAGUCUUUGCAGUCAGUACAGACUCCCUCAAGAGUUUUGGGAGAGCCGUUUCGCUGCUGAACACGAGAUGGGUUUCCUCCCACUGGUCUCCAGCUCCCUACCCGCGGCACCCGAUUGGAGACAACUGUACUUUGAUCUGAAAGAGGAUCUACGAAGCCCUUCCCAGAUUCGUCACCUGCGACGCCGCCGGAGGAUUUGGAACUGCGUCAGGGAUCUGCGUCAGCUGCUGACGAUGCUCCUCCAGCAAGAUCAAAAUAUACGAGACGUGCAUAGUGUCAGAGAAGAUCCUUCACUACAUGAGCUUGUUGCUACUCGGAAGGCCCAGGCUCUCUUACAGAUACCAUCGACACGCAAGAGCUUACAGUAUGUCAACCUCGAUCCCCAAUAUUGGGGAGCCGAUAUGAUCCGAUUAUCUAUUUCCACCAUAACCAACAACUCUACCGAGUACAUAUGUGGUUUCAGAGUCCGUAUCGAAGAUGGAACAGAUAUUGGGGAGGUGGUCUCGCUUGCGGGUCAUAUAGCGCCUGCUACUGAAACUCAUAUCUCUUUCAAGCCAUCAGACGAUUUGUUGCAUGUCCGAGUAACUGUAUCUUCCGGCGGUUUACUUGGCCUCGAAUUCCAGACACGGCACAUGCAGGAUCAUAUGAUUUGGAAAUCGACAGGCCAGCUUCGGGGUCUACCGUUUUACUCUGACAUCAUCAGCCUUGAUGCCCGAGCGAACAGCCGAGUCACAGGGAUCCUUGUCGGAUUCGAUUUGUUCAAGGCCACAUCUGUUCAACUGGUCGAAGAUAUUCGCCAUCGGGCCUCCUCCAGCCGCCUUGGUUAG